UUCACGCACUUUCGAUGCUGGUGCUGGCAGCUUCUCCCUCGGAUGCGCAGGCUUUGGGGCGGCGGGGCGCCCGGUGCAGGCUGCCGUGAGCCGGGCGGCCUGGCGAAGCAACGACACCGCACAAUACACAGUGCCGCCCUGUGUGAGACCCAUGCUCGGUAGAGGACUUAAACGCAAGUUUAAUGAUUGUGAAACCAUGACCGAUUUCUCUAGUGCCUGUGACUGCAACCGAAACAACAUGCCAUACAGUCAUCAAAGGCAACUGGUGCUAAACAUGUGCCUCAAUAAGCUACAAAGCUACAAGAUGUUAGUGGAACCCAACCUUCACCGAUCUGUUCUCAUAGCCAAUACAGUGCGACAAAUUCAGGAAGAAACCAGGCAAGAAGCUAACCAGCUGCCAGGGACCAUAUGCAAUGACGUUGCCUCCAACGAUGUUAUAUACGCAGGAAACGAACCCUUAGAGAACACCGUAAACUUGCCUUGUGGAACCAACACAGAUUUUUUCAGAGACGCCUGGGGUUUAGAGAGCCCCGCCGAAAGUUUGAUGGAAAUCACGGACGACGAUGUGUCCUCAGCCAUUUCGUCUAUUCUCAAGGAUCUAGACUUCAUGGAGGACACGAGCCCGUCUCAGAGCCCAGGCGCUGUUACCGACGAUCACCCCAACCCUCUCGAAAACCCAAACAAAGCAGGCGACAAGCAGGAUCUGAAAGGAGCGGAAUGUGCGUUUGGUUCCUUCGAGAUCACAAGCUCCACAAGCUACUUAAAAGACUUGUCGGUCGACGACAUUUUCGAUGACAUAGACACCUCUAUGUACGAUUCUGACUUCAGCUUCUCGUCGUUUUUUGCGAGAACUCAGCCCGCGUCUGAAGAGACCGUCAAGCUGUUGGCUUCCUGCAAUUCUCAAUCAGCCAAUAAUUUACAGGCCUGCCGAACAGACUUUAUAUUUUUUUUUUAA